AUUGUGGGGUGGACAUGGGUCUGUGUGCCGUGCUGUUGAUUUGUCUCUCACAGGCAGAGCUGACCAGAGUGUGGGCUCAGGAGCAGAAAGGUAUAAUUCACGGGCAGUCAGUUAAGACUAAUGGAGGUCCAUCAGACAUCCAGAGAACAAGAAGAGACCAGCAAGAUCCCAGCAGACGCACACUGAACAGAACUGGACAAGAGCCGACCAAUAGGCUGUCCAUUGACAUGCUCCCUGACAAUAUGACACGAGUGGUGGAGGACUCCCAGAGGUACUACUCCUGGCGCAGUUUUGGUCCUGGUGACAAACGCACACAGGAUCUCUGGGUGGAUCUUGAUUCAGUGCAUCAAGGACCUGUCAGAGUGCACGCUAUCCUAUCCAACACACACCGACAAGCAUCGCGGUUGGCACUAACCUUUGACUUCCUUUUCUAUGGACAUCAAGUGAGACAAAUCACCAUAGCAACUGGAGGUAUUGUAUAUAGACUCUGUUCACCUCUCUCCUACAUCAGGCCAUCUGGAGCAUAUCAGACUGGUUUGUGUUUGCCUUAGCACACAGACACAGAAAAUGUCUAACAUGAGAUGCUUCCAUGACC